AUGGAACCAUCGACUGUAGCUCUAGCUCGCAGCCUCCUCGAGCACGGAGAGCUUGGAGUUACCGGCGCUGGCCGAGGGCAUGUCUGCCGCGGACGAACGACUGACAGCAGCAAGACAUUCGGAAUCCCCGGUGCAGACUCCGCCCUCGCCUCAACAGCCCGACCUAGCAUCGCCUGUUGCGCCUUGCCGGGAGCAGAAGACCUAGAGAGCACCUUCCCGUCCCAAGACGCCAGCGAGCCGCGCCCCCUCCCACCCCGACCGCCAGCGGCAGCGAACCCGACGAGUGGCAGCACUAGCGGCUACCGGGCCACAGUAACCGCCCCGGGAGCGGCCGCCGCCUAUCCGACGACGGUGCUCCCCUCCUCGCGUCAAGAUGUCUACCGCACCGGCAGCGGCUCGGCACAGCCCUCCCCGGCAGAUGCCCAGCACGGCGUCCCCUCGGCCUACGAGCACCGGCAGCGCCGGCGUGAUCCGCCGCUGCAGCCGCCGCCCGAGCAGGCUGUCCAUCCUGGGCACCCUUACCAGCUGGCUGCUGCUCCUGGGGGAUACCGCCCGCGCCCGCUGUCGCACCCGUCGAUCCCCCAAAGCGCUGUUCCGCAGCAUCACCUGCAGCACGGCGGUCCUCCGCCCAGCUUCAUGCCGUCUGCCGGUGCGGCCGGCGGCCCGAGGACGCCCGGUUCUGUCGGGUUCCCCAUAACGGGACGGUUCCCCGAAAGCCAGCCAAUCGUUACUUCACCCAGGGCGCAGCGAAAGGCAAAGGGGCAUGUCGCGUCAGCGUGUGUCCCCUGCAAGAGAGCCCAUCUACGAUGCGACAACCAGAGGCCGUGUUCGAGGUGUCUCACAAGCGGCAAACAAGAUAACUGCGUCGAUGUGCAGCACAAGAAACGCGGCCGACCGCGGCUCCGCGACGAGCGAGAAGCCCAGCCCGGCCUUAUCCGAACUCCCGCGCAGCAGCUGCCGCCGAGUCCAUCUAGAAGACCGCUCAGUGCGCAUGUGCCUGGGCCCUCCUCCAUACCGUUGAGAUACGACUUUUCCGCCCCGCAUACGCCGUCAGGGCACGGGCACUCGAUGCUCCCCAGGUCGGACCAAAUCAUGCCGUCAUACGUCGAGGGUGGGGUACCACAGCGCCAAGCCAUCGCGAGGCAGCCGCCGCAGCAGCGGCAGGCUCCCGCCCCGCCUGCCCCGCAGGCAGUCGCGUUCCUGAGUCUGGACCUCGAGAUUUCCCGGACAUCAGAGCACUUCUCCGAGGCCGUGGGCCAGCUGAGCAACCGCCGGACGCUCGAGGAGAUGGUGACCCCAACCGACAGAGAGCGGAUCGCGGCGCUGAAGAGCCAGCUUCAGGAGGAGCAGAGGCGGAGGGAUCCAAACUACCUGCCCCCCAUACUGGGGCGGGGAGACGAGGUCCUCCAGCGCAUCGGCUUCACCGCGGCGGACAUUGGCCGCUACCAGCUCCCGCAUCGGGAGAGCCUGGUCUUUGUCGGGGCCGACGGGCAGCUGCGUGAGCACGACGUGUACAUCGGUCUCGCAAACGAAGGCUCCUUUUACUUCAUCGUUCUCAUGCUGGUCCUCAACGCGCACCAUUUCCCGCCACCCGUGUCACCCCACGAUCAGGCUCCGCCUCACCGGCUCUACCACCAUCAUCAACCCCAGCAGCAGCUGCCGCCACGACCAAUCUCGCAGCCGGACCCGGCGCACUACCCCCCGGCGCCUCGCGAGGUCGGUGGCGAACGACGGGUUGAUAUCGGCGGGCUUCUUGACAGGAGGCCUGAUGCGCCGAAUCAGCCGCGUUGA